UUGAAGUUCUGUUUUACUUCGUUAUUAAGGCGUCUCAACUCUCAACGCGCUCUGGUUCCUACACAAUUCGUGAAAGAGAAAAAUAGGGAGAGAAAGUUGGUUGCCUAUCGUCAUACGGUCAUAAGAAUACCAGUUGGCAGCGAAAGAAUGAUUCAAGCACAAUUUCGAAGUGCAGAACCAACUAUACGACUUUUCGAAUGGAUACGCACGGUACUAUCUCGAAAGGUGCCUUUCUCGAUAAAACUAGCACUGGUUGGUACCAUCGAAGAGUCCAAUUCGAAGAAUUUCGUGGAUGUGGAUUUGGCGCCUAAGUCUACUGUACUAGUGAAGUUCAAGGACUCAGUGACCCUUGAAUCUAUUUUAUUAGAAGAUUCCUUACAAGAAUGUACUCAAGAUGAAGCAGAUAGUCUAAGCUCUAAGUGGCUGUCCGAGAAUUCGAUUUUCAAACCAUACACGCCACUGGUAGAGGAAGAGGAGCAUACAAUGAAAAGACCCGGUGCUUUAGUGACUCCCAUGGAUUCAGAGUUUCAUCCUCCUCCUCAUAAAGCAGCUCCAGCACCGAAAUGGCUCAGAAAAUCGUGA